AAGUUUGCCAAAAUGAACUAAAUGUAUUAAAGUUACGCAAAAGUUAAAAUCGUUUAAAAUGUCUGCCAAAAUCGUGAUAUUGUUUGCUCUGUUUAUGCUGGUUGGAUUAGCGGUAGCUAAUGAUGAUGCCCAUGACAAAAUACUUGAAAAAAUCUGCUCAAAGGAAAAGGAAAUUGACGAAUGCAUUGAAAAAAUUGAACUUGAUGGAGAUUUCUUAGAAGUUGCUAAAAAGUGCUGUGAGGGAAUUGAAAAUGGAACAGGAAAACAUUUCCAAGAAUGGAUUUGCAGUUCUGGAAAAGAAACAGUAAAUGAAUGUUGCAAGUGUAUUGCUGAAGAAACCGGUAGCUUGGUUUCAGAAGCAGAGCAAGAAUUCAGGAAAUGCAUUGAAGAAUAAUUUCAAAAGAAAUGAAUGAACGGAACUUCUGAAUAUUUCCUGAAAGAAACAAAUAUAUUUUGUAUUAAUUAGCAACAGUAAAUUUACAAAAAGACUGUCUUAUUAAAUCCAUAAGCAUGGCAUGACUAUAUGUAGAUAUGAUCUAUUAAUAAAAUUUUUAUUAUAAAA